AUGAGGGACGGAGAGGGGUGGUUAGAGGUGUUUGCAAUGGUACACGAACAAGAUGGAGGAAAGAAGAGAGAAAAGAACAACACGGAAUUCAUGGCACAACCGAGUCCCCAUCAGAAUUUACACAUUCAAAAAAACGAAAACAGCUUGGGGUCAUCAACUCGUGGUGGCAUCUGCUGUAAUAUCGUGCCACCACUGGAUCAUGGACAGAUCGUGAACGAGCCUAAAUUUGCACCAAGAGGACAA